AUGGAGGCCCUGAAGCAACUUGCCACAGCGAGCAGCCUGGCUGCUAAGACUCUAAGACUGAUGCCAGCCCUUCGGCAGGCGCUCGCCCGGCAGGAUUGCGCAAAGGUCCAGCAAGAGCUCACCAGCAAAGAAGACUUUGUGCAGAAGCAUGCUGUGUCCAUCUGGGCUCAGAUGAAGAAGCUCCCUCUGUCGGGAGAGGACAGCUUGGAAAUCAUCAAGGCAGUGCAGGCUUCCAGUCUGGGGGUCAAGCAGAAAGAUGAGAUUCUGGGUGCUGUCAGCGAGAGGCUGUCUGAUAGCAGCACGCCGAAGCCGAAAAGAUCCCAACAGACCAUGAAGGAUGUGUGCAGUUUCUUGACAGCCAGCGAGGUCACUGUCCUAAAGAAUGGGGACUACAACCUGUCGGCUCGGGUUCAGGCUCUGGCCCACACACCCCCCCUCCCCCCUACCCUGUCUGAUCGAACCGCCUACUCAAAACCUUUUUGA